GCUGCAGUUGGCAGCUGUAGCCAAGGCUGUGAGAGAGGCCCCUCACCUGGGGCCUGUGGCGGCCCAGCUCGGAGGAAGGACGCGGUGGCGUCGGGGGUGGCGGUGGGACCCGCAGCCCGGGGUCGCGGCUGCAGAGCCCAGAGCGUGGGAGGAGACGGCGGUCUUAUGCCUGCGGUGACCAAGGCUUAUGCUUCUGCCUUCAGCCCCCACUCCCGCCUCUCGCCCCAGAAAUGAGCUGGCGCAUCGCCGGUUUGAUUCCAGAGCCCGGAUCGGUAAGCAGAGCAGACCUCAGCAGCGGCAUUGUGAGGACUUAGCUGGGACCUGGAAGCGUAUCCUCCUGUGUUUUUUCUGACUCCUUGGAAAUUAAGGAAUGCAAUUCUGCCACCAUGAUGGAAGGACUGAAAAAACGUACAAGGAAGGCCUUUGGAAUACGGAAGAAAGAGAAAGACACUGACUCUACAGGCUCCCCAGAUCGAGAUGGGAUGCAGGGGAACAAAAAGGCCCAGAAGACCCAGCUUCUCCUCACCUCUUGCUUCUGGCUCAGAGCCCUCUCCUUAACUCUGUCUCAGCAGCCCAGCCCACACGAGCCACCCUACCAUAGCAAAGCAGAGUGUGCGCGGGAAGGAGGCAAGAAAGCGUCGAAAAAAAGCAAUGGGGCACCAAAUGGAUUUUAUGCAGAAAUUGAUUGGGAAAGAUAUAACUCUCCUGAGCUGGAUGAAGAAGGUUACAGCAUCAGACCUGAAGAACCAGGCUCUACCAAAGGAAAGCACUUUUAUUCUUCAAGUGAAUCCGAAGAGGAAGAAGAAUCACACAAGAAGUUCAACAUCAAGAUUAAACCAUUGCAGUCGAAGGACGUCCUGAAGAACGCUGCCACGGUAGAUGAGCUGAAGGCUUCAAUAGGCAACAUCGCGCUCUCCCCAUCACCUGUGAGGAAAAGUCCGAGGCGCAGUCCGGGUGCAAUUAAAAGGAACUUAUCCAGUGAAGAAGUCGCAAGGCCCAGGCGUUCCACCCCAACUCCAGAACUUACAAGCAAGAAGCCUCCAGAUGACACGCUGGCCCUCGCUCCUCUCUUUGGUCCACCGUUAGAAUCAGCUUUCGAUGAGCAGAAGACAGAAGUUCUUUUAGAUCAACCUGAGAUAUGGGGCUCAGGCCAACCAGUUAACCCAAGCAUGGAGUCUCCGAAGCUAGCAAGACCGUUUCCCACUGGAACACCCCCACCUCUGCCUCCAAAAUCUGUACCAGCCACCCCACCUCGAACAGGCUCCCCCAUAACAGUGGCAACAGGAAAUGACCAGGCAGCCACAGAGGCCAAAAUUGAGAAACUACCAUCCAUCAGUGACCUGGACAGCAUUUUUGGCCCGGUGCUGUCCCCCAAGUCCGUUGCCGUUAACACUGAAGAGAAGUGGGUCCAUUUCUCUGAUGCGUCCCCGGAACAUGUUACUCCAGAGUUGACUCCAAGGGAAAAGGUGGUGACCCCACCAGCCGCAUCAGACAUCCCGGCUGACUCCCCAGCUCCAGGCCCACCCGGCCCCCCAGGCUCCGCAGGUCCCCCAGGGCCUCCAGGGCCUCCUGGUCCUCGCAAUGUACCAUCUCCGCUCAAUUUAGAAGAAGUCCAGAAGAAAGUCGCUGAGCAGACCUUCAUUAAAGAUGAUUACUUAGAAACGCUCUCCUCUCCUAAAGAGUGUGGGUUGGGACAGAGAGCAACUCCACCUCCCCCACCACCACCCACCUACAGGACUGUGGUUUCGUCCCCCGGACCUGGCUCGGGCAGUGGUACGGGGACCACCAGUGGUGCAUCGUCUCCUGCGCGGCCAGCCACCCCCUUAGUUCCUUGCAGUACCACUCCACCUCCGCCUCCUCCCCGGCCUCCAUCCCGGCCAAAGCUACCGCCAGGAAAACCUGGAGUCGGCGAUAUGGCCAGACCGUUUAGUCCACCCAUCCACUCUUCCAGUCCUCCUCCGAUAGCUCCCUUAGCCCGGGCUGAGAGCACUUCUUCAAUAUCGUCCACCAAUUCCUUGAGCGCAGCUACCACUCCCACCGUUGAGAAUGAACAGCCUUCCCUCGUUUGGUUUGACAGAGGAAAGUUUUAUUUGACUUUUGAAGGUUCUUCCAGGGGACCCAGCCCUCUGACUAUGGGGGCUCAGGACACCCUCCCAGUCGCUGCAGCAUUCACAGAAACCGUCAACGCCUACUUCAAAGGAGCAGACCCGAGCAAGUGCAUUGUCAAGAUUACGGGAGAGAUGGUCUUGUCCUUCCCCGCCGGCAUCACCAGACACUUUGCCAACAACCCAUCCCCAGCCGCUCUGACUUUUCGGGUGAUAAAUUCCAGCAGGUUAGAGCACGUCCUGCCGAACCCCCAACUUCUCUGCUGUGAUAAUACACAAAAUGAUGCCAACACCAAGGAAUUCUGGGUAAACAUGCCAAAUUUGAUGACUCACCUCAAGAAAGUCUCUGAACAAAAACCCCAGGCUACAUAUUAUAAUGUGGACAUGCUCAAAUAUCAGGUGUCUGCCCAGGGCAUUCAGUCCACACCUCUGAACCUGGCAGUGAACUGGCGAUGUGAGCCUGCGAGUACUGACCUGCGCAUAGAUUAUAAAUACAACACGGACGCCAUGACCACCGCAGUGGCCCUUAACAACGUGCAGUUCCUGGUCCCCAUAGACGGAGGAGUGACCAAGCUCCAGGCUGUGCUUCCUCCAGCGGUCUGGAAUGCUGAGCAACAAAGAAUAUUAUGGAAAAUUCCUGAUAUCUCCCAGAAGUCAGAAAAUGGAGGCGUAGGUUCUCUACUGGCAAGAUUUCAGUUAUCCGAAGGCCCAAGCAAACCUUCCCCGUUGGUUGUGCAGUUCACGAGUGAAGGAAGCACACUGUCUGGCUGUGACAUCGAGCUUGUUGGAGCAGGGUACCGGUUUUCACUCAUCAAGAAGAGGUUUGCCGCAGGAAAAUACUUGGCAGAUAACUAAUAAAAUCUCAUGCAAGGACUUGGAAGACCCAUGUCCUGGAGAACUGUUGUAUGAGAGACGGGUUUUAAUCUGGUUUGAUGAAAACCAACCGAUAUCUAUACUUGGGGUCCAGCAACUGGAAGGUCCUGGCUUUCAGCAGUGAUUUCCCACACACAGUCCUAUGAUGAUCAGUUCUACAGUAUUUACUUCUAGGUGUAAUAUUGUUAACGGUUUUAAAAUGUAAUUAUUGUAUUUGUAAACUGUACCUUCAUUCCAGUCAGGCACUUAGACAGUUGAGUUUUAGUAUUUUCCAUUCCUGAUGCGGGUGUAAUUUAAAUUGUGGUAUGUAAAUUUAAUAGUAGUCCUGUGGAACGGCACAGUGCUUACAGAGAUAGACUGCAUUUUGUCAAUAUAUAAAAUUUAAAUAUAAUGUUGAUAGUUAUCAUAAAGGGGGUGCCACACAUCAAGAACCUUAAAUGGAACCAGAAAAAAAAAAACUUACUUUUCUUCACUCCUUACUAUGUUUUUCUCUAGUGCUAAAGAAAACUUCUAGCUUCAGUUUAGUGGGUUAAACUCAGAAACUAUUUCAGAAAAAUAAAAUUCUAAAGUUACAGCAUAUUCAAAGAGAAGCAUUAAUUACCACUUUUUAAAAAAGCUUUUUUUUUCAAACUGCAAAUUUCAUAAAAAUGCAAACUGUGUAAACAGGGCCUCUUAUUUUUAUAACUUGUGUAAAAAAGGGAAAAGCAAUUCAUAUUUAAAGUUUAAGUAUAUUAAAUUCUAUCCAAGAGUGCAGAGGAUGUUGGAAUUUUACCUGACCCCAUGCCCCCGUCUCUGCAGUUUAGCAGAUGUGGAGAUUGCUAAACCAUCAGAUUAAAGCCAACAUAAUUUUUAAAGUUUCAAGACUUUCUGUAGCUGAACUGGUUAAUACUUUUGCACAAUUGCUCAGAGCAGAGGGGCUUGUCUCUUCCAGCAUCCAGGAGUACCCCGUUCCUUCUUUACUCACAAGAAUCAAAACAUUGAGAAUAUGGACCUUAGAGGGGAAAAAAAAGUUGCCUGUUUUGAUCCAAAAAGAGAAUUUUAAAUUUAUCAUUUACAUCUUUGGGGAAGGAAGAAAUAAGCUUUAUAUAUGAAAUUCUAUUAAUCUUGUUGUCCUAUGAAUAUUUUUGAAUGAUUUUAAGAUUCAUUGUAUAAAACUAUGAAUCUUUGCUGUUCUUGGGGAAUGGGAAGCACCAGGCAGUUGCCUUGAAGCUCCGUAAAUACCACAGUUCUGCGACUGGGGUAGGGGGGAUGCCCCACAGGACGGGAUCGGAGCAUUGUCCUGUGAGGUCUAAAGAUUAAGUCUUCCAGAAAGGCAUCAGUUAUUUCAACAGAACAGUUCCUGUUCUAGGCUAUCCUGCAAUUGAGUUGGAGUGUUCACUGCUGAAUUUCAUUUUGUAUUCACUCAAAUUUGACAAAGAUCUUCAGCUCCCUUCAAUUCUAAAAUCAGAUUAAAUUUUUUAAGUCUUACUUCAACCAUGAGAUUUCAAUUGGCAGCUGUUUCUGGCAAGUUCCGUAGAUUAAUCUAUGUUCUCUUUAGUCAAUACUUGCUACCAGAAGAAUGUCCAGUCCAAGAUGAUCCAUUUUACCUGGGAAUAAUUCAACUGUUUUUUUUU